CCGGUAUACUGAAAACACUCGUUUGGAUAGAGGUAGUCUGUCUACCUCUAUUCCUUUUGAUAGCUUCAGCACGUUCACGUUAGCUUAGCUUGCGGGACUUUGCAGCUUUUUGUUAACCUGGAUGUCAUCUUGUCAUGGCGAUACAACUUUGUGUUGUUUUCACACUGGUUGCAGCUUCUAUUCACGACUGCGAUGGGGUCCUGCGCUUCGCCUCCUACUAUAGAGACCACAUGGUGCUGCAGAAGUCUCCAGAGAGAGCUGUAGUGUGGGGCUAUGGACCCGAGGGUGAACAGGUGAAAUUCACCUUGUCAGGACAAAACCUACAGAGCAUCUCACAGGCUACAGUGACAAACGGUAUCUGGCGAGUCAGCCUAGACCCUGUUGAGGCUGGUGGUCCCUACAAUGUGACAGCGGGGGUGCAGAACAGCACAGCCGUUCUGACAGAUGUGCUGUUUGGAGAUGUUUGGCUGUGUGGAGGCCAGAGCAACAUGUUCUUGAAUUUAUAUCAGAUUUUCAAUGCAUCAGAGGAGUUGAAGCGCGCAGCACACUAUCCUCAUGUGAGGACUUUUAUGGCAUCCCUGGUCCAGAGUGAAACUGAGCAAACUGAUUUUAUUCAUGUCCAAAUUCCCUGGUCUGUGCCACCAGCAUAUCUAGCAGGUUUCUCUGCAGUGUGCUGGCUCUUUGGCCGUGAUUUGUAUGAGAAGCUGCAGUACCCCAUAGGACUGGUGGAGUCCUGUUGGGGUGGCACCACUGUCGAAGCAUGGUCCUCUCCAAGAGCACUUCAGCAGUGCGGACUACUACAGCAGCCUGAUGACGGACCCAAAGUGAAUUCUGUCUCGUGGAAUGCAAUGAUCCACCCGCUGCUCAACAUGACCAUCAAAGGAGCCAUCUGGUACCAAGGUGAGGAUAACACAAUAUAUCAUCAAGAGAUGUACAACUGCUCCUUCCCGGCUAUGAUUGAUGACUGGAGGAUGGCAUUUCACCAGGGCUCAGGCGGGCAGACGGCUCUCGAUUUCCCCUUUGGAUUUGUCCAGGUAUGUUACAUUAAGUAUUUUAGUUUUGAUAGCAAAAUUACACCACAGCAAAUUAUCACCUCGAUUUUUUUGGUUUUCCUAAAUAUUUAUCAGACACUUGUCAAAAUCCACAGGAACCACUUGAAAUUGUACAUAAAUCCACAGCCCUGCACCUAUUCAACCAUCUAAAGAAUCACUUUUAAAGUUGGUUAGCCUUUUACUUUAUUCCCUUGUCCAAAACAGAGAAUGUCAGAAUUGAGUUUAAACUCAAUUAAGAAAAGAGAAGGGGAAUCUGCUUUAAUCCCUUGUAAGCUGAUUCAGGUGUUAAAGCAGCAACAGGAAACCAAUUGAGAAAACACAGGAUUUGACAGGUAAGAUUUCACACAAGGAUAAUAAUAAUGAAACACUUACAGGCUAAAGAAAAAUAACACAUUUCAAAACUACAAAAUUACCAAUUUGAAAUGUUAGUGUACCUGGAAUUUGCUGCGCGUCCUAAUUUUCCUGCCCUUGAUAUGUUUACUCCUUCGUAAUAUGUACAGCGGGUAAAAUAAGUAUUGAACACAUCACCAUUUUUCUCAGUAAAUAUAUUUCUAAAGGUGCUAUUGACAUGAAGUUUUCAUCAGAUGUCGGAAACAACAUGCAAUCCACACAUGAAAACAAAUCACAACACAGAUGUCCAUAAAUUAAGUUAUGUGUAUUAAAAUGGAAUGACACAGGGAAAAAGUAUUGAACACGCUUACUGAAAUGUAUUUAAUACUUUGUACAAAAGCCUUUGUUGGAAAUGACAGCUUCAAGGCGCCUCCUGUAUGGAGAAACUAGUCGCAUGCAUGGCUCAGGGGGGAUUUUGGCCCUUUCUUCCACACAAACAGUCUUCAAGUCUUGAAGGUUCCGUGGGCCUCUUCUAUGAAAUCUGAUCGUUAGUUAUUUCCAUAGAUUUUCUAUUGGAUUCAAGUCAGGUGAUUGGCUGGGCCAUUCUAGCAGCUUUAUUUUCUUUCUCUGAAACCAAUUGAGAGUUUCCUUGGCUGUGUGUUUGGGAUCAUCAGCAGUGUUGUGGGUAACGUGUUAGUUUCGUGCGUUCGGUAAUCAGUAACUUAGUUAUUUAAAAAAAAAAAAGUAAUCCGUUAAAAUCCCGACUGCAGCCUGCUUUUUGUCAGACAGU